AUGCAGCGCGGUCAUGUGCGCAGCCAAGAGGUAACGGACGCUCAAGGCCGUCGACGCUUCCACGGAGCCUUCACGGGCGGCUUCUCUGCUGGCUACUACAACUCUGUGGGCAGCCAAGAGGGAUGGAAGCCACAGAAGUUCUCGUCUUCUCGUGAGAACCGUCCGUCGCGAGUCGAGCAGCGUCCAGAGGAUUUCAUGGACGAGGAAGACGAUCCGCUGCUGGGCAAACGCCUCGAGACGUCGGAGCGCUACGAUACGCUGCAAACAGGAGCCAAACGACGCCUGCAACAGCAGUGUCAACCAAGCCGAGCUGUUGAGACAGCAAUUCCGGGGUUUACGCUUCCUGAUGAGUGGGCCUUGCCGGUGAAUGAAUCGAUUGGAGCUAAGCUAUUGAAGCAGAUGGGCUGGAAAGAAGGACACGGCAUUGGUCAACGCGUGCGGCGACGCAAGUAUAAAGGGGAAACGACGACAAUGCACACACAAGAUGAAGAUAACGAGGAGGUGUACGUGCCACCUCGAAAGGUGUUUGACGUGCAGAAAGCUUUUCCGGAGCCCAAGUUGGACCGGUAUGGAGCUGGCUUUGACCCGUAUACAGAUGCUCCCGAGUUUUCAUUGUACAAAAGACAGCAGCAGGCAAAGCGAAACGAAAGUGAGGUGUCACAUUUCCGAGGAGUAUUGUUCGUGGACGCUUUGAAGAUCACGAACGGUAGCAAUCGUGCGACUAGUGAGUAUGGGCUAAGUGCGCUGGAAGAAAAUGAUGAUGUGGACGUGUAUGGAACUGUCUCCAUGGCUGAGUUCGAUCGAGUGAUUACAUCUGCUGGGACGAAAAGUGACGUCAAGCGACUGUGUUCGUCGACAGAAGCGUCCCAUGGACUUGGAAAGACCCGACGCAGUAGAGCACUUUGUUCAGACGGGCGUUCAGUGCUUCCUGGCUUCGACCUGGCAGCGGCCAGCGAGAAGCCUAGUGAAGCGGUUAUUCCGCGUCUGGCUGUCCCGUCCGGAUACGAUGCACAUCACCGGUUCGAUGAGGAUAAAGGCCAAGAUGAUGCUGUGAUAGCCAUAUAUCGCAGGCAUAACUUCGCGACAGCAAAGACCGGAAAUGGCGCAGUCAUGACAGCCACGCAAAGAGGUGCUCUGCUUGGAGAUGACCGUCAACAUGCUCGAUCUGAUGCUGGCGGCACUGGGGCAGAUGCUGCUGAAGUUGUCAAACUAGCCGGGAGUGUGUUCGGCAUGCUCGGCGAAGACCAAAAAGCGAAGCUUUUCAGUGCUGCAGAGCGAGCUAAACAGGGACGAUUCUCGCCCUUUGUGACUCCUUCUGCCUUGGUCGACGAGUCAAGCACAUUGAAAGACCGGCAGCCGUUGGUACGUGGUAGUGCUGGGUCUCAGUUUCGUGCAAAGAUUUCUGCGUCGAUUGCCAAGAGAUUCGUCGCGUCGACGUCUACAGUGGACGAAGCUCAAAGCGACUGUGUGCAGAACGAGGAACCUCGAGCUAAGGUGUCGCGUCGUUCCGAGACUUCAUGGAUUCCGAAGUCAUUGCUAUGCAAGCGCUUUCACGUGAAGUGUGUGGGGCCGACUGGAUCAAACAGAAAGGGUGAUGAGAGUAGCAAGAAGCGUGACUUGUUCGAUGAGGAGCUCGUUCCGCGCUUGAUGGAGUAUGCCGCUGAUCGAGCUGCUUGCAAUCGACCGGUGGUCAAUCGCAAUGAGGCCGUUGCUGCUAGCGAUGUCCAAGAAUUGGAAACAAAGGAUCUGCUACCGUUGCCUGCAGUCGAUGUAAUGUCUGCCGGUCUCCUCAAAUCCAUUUUUGAGCCCUCAGAUGAGUCCGAGAUGAGUGAAGAUAGCAGCGAAGAAGAAAGUGACGGUGACAGGGACGAAAGACGAGACAGCAAAGUUGAUGAGAGCAAGCAAGAGCUUCCUUCUAUGCUGUCUCGUAAAGCGCCCAGUGAGUCAUGGAACAGUGGUGCUGGAGAUUUGGUGCACAACGUCGCUGAGGGGGAGCCAGAGCAGUCGGGUUCAUCCGAUAAUGACGCGAGAAGUGCUGCUGAUCCUGCCGUGUGUAGAGGUGUCAGCGAGCACGCGAAACGACCUGGUAAACGAUCGCGCAGCGUUGACAGUACUGAUGGCUCGGGUAUCGAGAGACGAACAGAGGACGAGAAGCGGAAACACACGAAGCACCAGAAGCGCCACAAACACCGCUCGUCUCACGAUGGCAAGAACAAGAAGAAGAAGAAGGACAAGAAGGAACGCAAGUCGCACAAACACCGAUCGUCCAAACAUUCCAGGCGAAGUCGAAGCAGAGAUCGCAGUCACAGGCGGAAGUGA